UACCAACUCUUUCCGGGUUAUAGUUCCUCCCUGAGUCCUUGUCCUUGGAAUUCAUCGUCAGAGACCUCGUUGGAAGCAGUGUGGAGACAGGACUGUGUUUCAGGGGGACUUGGCUCAUCGGGGCCCGAGAGGGACCUCGCGGGGGUGGCGUGCGCCCGGCUGGUCUUCCCCUGCGCCCCGUGGUCCAGUCCAAGAUGGCGGCCACCAUGAAGAAGGCGGCUGCAGAAGAUGUCAAUGUUACUUUCGAAGAUCAACAAAAAAUAAACAAAUUCGCUCGAAAUACGAGUCGGAUCACAGAGCUAAAGGAGGAAAUAGAAGUGAAGAAGAAACACCUGCAGAAUUUAGAAGAUGCUUGCGACGACAUCAUGCUGGCAGAUGACGACUGCCUAAUGAUACCGUACCAGAUUGGAGACGUCUUCAUUAGCCACUCUCAAGAAGAAACCCAAGAAAUGUUAGAAGAAGCAAAGAGAACUUUGCAAGAAGAGAUCGACGCCUUAGAGUCCCGAGUGGCGUCCAUCCAGCGGGUAUUAGCCGACUUGAAAGUGCAGUUAUACCUUCCCAACAUGGACACGGAGGAGCAAUGCACAGCACACCUUUUGCGCAGUCCGUGA